UGUCAGGUAUCUGACAUUUUCCGGAGUGCACGUUAUUCUUUGAUUGAUGAUCAUUUGAAGUCUUGUGAUGCUGCUAGUGCUUGUUUUAGUUUCCUCUGAAUAUUUGCAGAAACGCUGUUUAUAUCGACAACUUUGACAAUCGUAAAACUGAAACGAGGUGAAAGUACAAAAAUCACUUUGCAGAUAGAAUCAUACCUUGGAAACGUGAAUGUUACAGUUGAAAAUGAAAAAAAUGCCAUGAUUUACACAAACAAAACACUCGGGAUCGGCAAUGAAAAUCCCUCAACCACAUUGACAAUAGAUGUCGGCCCCAUCACUGUUCCGUCAUCGACAAUCACCUACACGUGUGUGGCUUUCGCGCUGAGUAAACCAUCCUAUUUGAGAACUGUUACCAUAGAUAUCAUUGUAACAGAUGAAUGCGAUUUAUUACCUUGUAAAAUCAGAGAAAAAUGCACGUAUUCUUUAACGACUCCAUAUUAUAAUUGUACCUGUCGAGCGGCUUACAUUGGAACAUCAUGUGAAGAAAGAAGAUUCAUUAUCAACACCGCUAAAAAUUGCAAAUAUCACAUCAACCUUUACGACGAAAUAACCUUCGCCGAUGCGAACUCAACUUGUAAAGAGCUUGGGGGAGCGGUUGCAAUGAUGAAAACAACAGAAAUACAAAACUUGGUCGAAAGUCAAAUAAUAGCACAAUAUGGAGCCAAUGGAACAACACUUGAGUUUUGGAUUGGUGGAUACAAAGUUAAUAAUUCGUGGAUAUGGGAUGAUGGUACAGCUGUGUCUAUAUCAGAAAAAAAUUCAAAAUGGCAGGGCACUCUCGACGGUAAAACAGGCAAUAUGUUUCUUAGCUCUUAUCUCAAUAAACAAAGGAACCGUAUGCAUUGGUUUGCCACUGAAAAAAAUACAAAGAUCGGGUACAUAUGUGAGGUAGCAGUCACUGAUAUAUGUUCCCCAUCUCCCUGUAUGUAUUCCGGAACUUGCGUAUUUGUUGGGUGUCAAAAGAUCUGUAAAUGUUUAAAAGGGUUUGACGGAAAAUAUUGUGAGAUCGGAACCAACUCAACGAUUGUCAUUUCUGUCACUUGUGUUGGAAUUGGAAUUGCUCUGGCAGUAAUUGCUUUUUGGAUAAUUAGAAAAAUGAGAAACAGAAACGUGGAAACACAAUCCCAACAACCAUCCAACGAUAUUUCUAUUGUUAGUCCCCAUCAAACCACAUUUGUAUCAUCACCAUCAAGUUCUAAGCCAAAUGAACUCGAAUCCCCAUAUACCUACGACAACGAUACAACAUGUUACCAAGAACCAACAUCAACUAUCAAUGAAACUGAUAAUACCGUGAAAACUUAUGAAAAUAUAAAUUCUUAGGAGUGUUAAAUCGAGGGAAAUACCUACGGCGAAGUGAGGUCGAAAAUUUAAAAUGGCUUCUGUCAUUUCGUAUUGGAAGUGAAUAUUUAUUUUUAUGAUGUAAAUAAUAAUUUUAAUACCUAAGUACCAGACUUUUAAAAUGCAAUAUACAAAAAUAAGUGUUUUCCUUGAGGUUGAAAAACGGUAAGCAUUGCGUUUAUGUUAUUUCUAGCCAUUCGAGCUGAAUAUAAAACCACCAAAUAUGAAGCCACUCCUUGACUAAACAUAAAACUGUGGUCGUGCUUUCUAGUUUUUUUUCCAAGAACUAAAUUGUGUGUGUAUCGAAUGUUUUUCAAAAUUGUAAUAUCGUGUAGAGUGCAUGAAGUUUUUGGUUGAAAUAAAAACGUGCUAUUUUUUUUUAUCCAAUGUUACAUUUUUUAGAUUUCGGCAUAAGUUCAACCGAUAUUGGCAGCGAUGCACGUGUAUUUAUUUGUAUUAAAUUUUAUUUAAUUGU